GUCCUUUGCCUACACACUAAUCCCUCUCUCUCUCUAUGUAUAAAAAUUUCCGUCGGAUAAACCACGGAGGCCGAAAGAAAACAAACACUAACGAGAAAAUAAAUAGUUUUAAAAAAACGAAUUAAAAUAUUUUUAAAUAGAGAAAAAAAUACAAAAAGCAAAAGAGGAAAUUUUCUGCGUCUCGGAGAAAGUUCUAAUCGUGUUCCUCUUCUCGUUAACAAGUCACUCUCCGACUUCAUUUUCAUCCCCAGAGAGACUCUCUCUCUCUCUCUCUCUCUCUCUCUCUGUGAAAUCGACGAAGUGUUCUUCUAUACUUUCAAUAAUUUGAAGGAUUAAGAGGAUGUCUUUUGGCUGCAAAUAUCGACUAUUCAAUUGAAAGCACUUUGCUGCUUUGACAAUUGUGUUGUAAUAUAAGAGCUAAGAUCAUAUUCUAGCUUCUUGGUAUAGUGUUCCAAAGUAAAAUUUUGUGCGUAGCAAUGCUUUUGUUGUUCAAAGAAAUUGGUGACUGUGAGAAAUUGGUUUGUCAUUCUUGUUAUUAUCGUUGAUUUGUUUUCAUAAAUUGAAGAAUAAGCGAGAAGAAGUGAACCAUAUUGGAUGGGUAAUAAGCUUGGAAGAAGGAGACAGGUGAUUGAUGAGAAGUACACAAGGCCUCAGGGGCUUUACCACCACAAAGAUGUGGAUCAUAAGAAGCUCAAGAAGCUCAUACUGGAAUCCAAGCUUGCUCCUUGCUUUCCUGGAGAUGAAGAAUGCACUUGCGAUCUUGAAGAAUGUCCAAUUUGCUUUCUGUAUUACCCAAGUCUUAAUAGAUCAAGAUGUUGCAUGAAAGGCAUUUGUACAGAGUGUUUUCUGCAGAUGAAAGUUCCCAAUUCAACUCGUCCUACGCAGUGCCCUUUUUGUAAAACGUCUAAUUAUGCUGUGGAGUUCCGUGGUGUGAAAUCAAAGGAAGAAAAGGGCCUGGAGCAAAUUGAAGAACAGCGAGUCAUAGAAGCGAAAAUUAGAAUGCGACAGCAAGAAAUUCAGGAUGAAGAAGAAAGAAUGCAGAUAAGACAACUACUAAGCUCUUCAAGCAGAAACAUGGCACCAGUGGGUGAUGAAUACAGCGUUACUGUUCCGUCUUCCGCUUCUCCAGCAGAAGGAGAGGAAAUUGCUUCUUCUCAAGAUUCAUGCGCUGUCUCAAUGUUUAGGCAACCUCCACUGUACAGGGAGGAUGAAUUCGAUCUGGAUCUUGAGGAUAUAAUGGUCAUGGAAGCAAUUUGGCUUUCUAUUCAGGAGAAUGGGAGACACAAGUCUCCAUCUUAUGGGGAUGUUGCUCCAUCUGAACAAUUUGUCACAAGACAAAGCUAUGUCUCACCAGCUAUGGUUUCAGUUUCCGGUUCAUCAUCACCAUCCGGGGGUCUUGCUUGCGCAAUAGCUGCUCUUGCAGAACGACAGCAAACAAGUGGAGAAUCAUCUACUAAUCCUGGUGGUAAUGUGCCAGGGUUCAGUAUGGUUCCAGGCACUAGCAGGUUUUACAACAGGGUGGACAGGGAAUCUGAAAAUUAUUCAGCUGCAGUGAGCUCUUCUGAAAUGUCUAUCAAUCAUGGGAUGCCUUUGACACAGGAUGACAGAGAAUGGAAUGCCGACACAACACGGACGAGUUAUGCAAGCUCUGACACAACAGAAGAUGCCGGCAGUACAUCUGCGCCGCCAACAGGAAAUGAGAUUGAGGGCGAUCUUCAAAAUGUCCCAGACCCUAUUGUUCCUGAGAGUUUUGAGGAGCAGAUGAUGCUGGCCAUGGCCGUUUCUCUGGCUGAGGCUAGAGCUGUGGCCAGUGGACCUGGAGUUCCAUGGCAGUAGUUUAAGUCAUAAUACUAGUGAUAGUUAAUCCUGAAACAGAUAUGGUGUGUGGCCUUGGCAGUUCACUAGCCGAGCCUUCGAGCACGGCAACUGCACCCGAGAAAAAAAAGAAGAAAGAAAGAAUGCAAGUGACUAGUAGAAAGGCCAAGGUAGUGAUGAUUCUCCCUCACUCUCACUCCAUCUCUGUCUCUAUUAUAGAUGUGAAAGGAAAAACAGAUUAUUAUUCUAAUGAAAUGAAAGGCUACUGGUUUUGCUA